AUGUCCAACAGCAGCUCCAUCACCCACUUCCUCCUGCUGCCAUUCGCAGGCACACAGCAGCUGCAGCUGCUGCACUUCUGCCUCUUCCUGGCCACCUACCUGGCUGCCCUCCUGGGCAACAGCCUCAUCAUCACCAUCAUAGCCUGGCACCACCACCUGCACACCCCCAUGUACUUCUUCCUCCUCAACCUCGCCCUCCUUGACCUGGGCACCAUCUCCACCACUGUGCCCAAGUCCAUGGCCAAUUCCCUGAGGCACUCCAGGGCCAUCUCCUAUGCAGGAUGUGUUCUCCAGCUCUUCUUUUUAGUAUUCCUAAUUGCUGCAGAGAUUUCUCUCCUCACCAUCAUGGCCUACGACCGCUACGUUGCCAUCUGCAGACCCCUGCACUAUGGCACCCUCCUGGGCAGCAGAGCUUGUGCCCACAUGGCAGCAGCUGCCUGGGCCUCUGCAGGUCUCUAUGCUCUGCUGCACACAGCCAAUACAUUUUCCCUGCCCCUCUGCCAGGGCAAUGCUGUGCACCAGUUCUUCUGUGAGAUCCCCCAGAUCCUCAAGCUCUCCUGCUCCACAGCCUACCUCAGGGAGGUUUGGCUUCUGGUGCCCAGUGCCUGUGUAGUCUUUGGCUGCUUUGUGUUCAUUGUGGUGUCCUAUGUGCAGAUCUUCAGGGCAGUGCUGAGGAUGCCCUCUGAGCAGGGACGCCACAAAGCCUUUGCCACCUGCCUCCCUCACCUGGCUGUGCUCUCCCUCUUUAUCAGCAGUGGAUCCUUUGCCUACCUGAAGCCCCCCUCCAUCUCCUCCCCAUUCUGGAACCUGUUUGUGUCAGUUCUGUACUCAGUGGUGCCUCCAGCAGUGAACCCUCUCAUCUACAGCCUGAGGAACCAGGAGCUGAAGGCUGCCCUGAGCAAGCUGCUCACUGGAUGCUUUCAGAAGCAGUAAACUGUUUCUUUUCUGCUGCAGGGCAGUUCUGGUGUCACUCAGUGCAGGCUCAGUCUGCUUCUCAGGUGUUUGCUGUUUGUGGUGGACUUUUAAUCCUGUUUCCUUCCCCU